AUGGAGGUCUCUUCGAAAUUACCCUCGAAGACGUACCAAAAACUGUCCAGAUUGAUCCACGUUAAGGAUAUAUUGAGUAAUAUCAUCAGAAUUGUGCAAUUAGUCAUAAAAUUGCCUAAAGUAAUAAAAGAUCAAGACAAUUUUUUCACUAUUCUGAUUCGGGUAUCUACAAUGUACUUCGCCCUGUUGGUGUUACAAAUAAUUAUGUUGUACAUAAACUAUGUUUGUGUAUUAAAAGCAUGCUUUAAGAGAAUUAACGACAAUUUGGUACACAUACAAAAGUUUGUGAUGAAAGAUAUAAAGCCACAUGCCUCCAAUGUGAUAAUGCAUACACAGAGAAAUCAAUUUUUGCUGCAAGAACUCGGAACUUUGAAGAAGCAACAUUUAACGAUUAGCGACGCAGUGAAAAUGCUGAAUAUGAUCUUUUGUCUACCACUCCUUGCUACUAUAGUCAUGUCCUUUUUUAUUGUCACUUUUGAGUUGUAUCUAUAUGCAGUGCGUUGGCAAGAUGGAAUAUUUAUUGGAAUGGAUUGGCACUUUCUUGAUGUGCUUCUAACAUCCCUCAUAUACAAUAUUUUUAAAAUAAUACUAAUUGUAUGGGCCUGCGAGACGGGUAAAGAUCAAGCCCAAAAAAUCGGUACUACCAUUCACGAUUUACUUAAUAGUACCAAUGAUGAGCAAAUUAAAUACGAGUUGCAACUGUUUUCUUUACAAAUAUUACAUCGCAAAAAUACAUUUUCGUUGAAAGGAUUGACAAUAGAUGCGACUCUCCUUGCAGCAAUAGUGGGGAAUAUUACCACGUACUUACUAAUCUUAAUACAAUUUUUAAACAUGACGUAUUCUUGCGACAGAAAGACAGCAGUUAACAUUACAUAA